UUUUAGAUAGGACUUUUGAAUACACAUGUUAUAAUAUAGCUAGAUUUGACCUGCUAAACUUCCAGAAUAGUCACGUUAUAUUGUUUAUAGAGAAAUUUUCUUAUAAAGGCUUUAAUUCACUAAAUUUUUGUUAUGGGCUCUGAAAAAAAUGGGAAAGACACAGAAAUACCGUGGUGUGAGACAACGCAACUGGGGCUCUUGGGUUUCUGAGAUUCGUCAUCCAAUCCUUAAGAAGAGGGUGUGGCUCGGAACAUAUGAAACAGCUGAAGAAGCAGCUCGUGCAUAUGAUGAAGCUGCUGUUAUUGUGCGUGGUCAUGGUGGCAAAGUAAAUCUUCCCCAUAAUGUCAAUGCUGAUUAUAAUUCAGAGCAGAGAAGAGUUUUAUCCACAGCAACAAUUUCUAAGCUCCACCAUCUGAAUAUGGCCUCCAUGAAUAAGGUUUUGCUGCAAUAUGCUGCUAAGAAAAGAGGCUCCGCAUGUUCCUUGGUCUGCUUAAAGUUGGACAAUGAGAAAUCCAAUCAAUUGGGAAUCUGGCAAAACAAAGUGGGUGGUGGAGGAGGAGAUGAAUCCAACUGGAUGGUGAAAGUUGAAAUUCCUCCAUUGAAGGUGGAUGAUGAGAGAGAUAUGGACAUAGCUUCAGAGAUGAUAGAAGAGCUUCUUCAACCCUGAAACACUUUCAGAGUUACAGGAUGACAUGAAUAUGUUGCAUGUAAAUGCUUUGUCAUUGUCUUAUGCAUACUAGGUAAGAGGAAUAUUUGGUAGACAGCAAUGAUACACAGUGAGGAAGAUUUAGUACGUAGUGAUAUAACCAAUUGUAAGCGUGGGUAUGCUUUAAAUAAGAGAAAGUGGAGAAUACAUAGUGGAUUUAGGUACCAUAAAAACGUCAAGCUUCACUAGAUAUACUGUUCAAAGGUAAAUCCAUAAAUUUCUGGAAAUAAACUUUGAAUCACAACAUCUAUGUAAAUGUUUUGUGCUGAGCCUGACUACUUCGUAGUGGGAAUAUAGUCUAAAAAUAAAAUUGGAAAGUAGUAAGUGAGAAUGUGUAAGAAUUCUUCUUUAAAUUGUAAAUAUGUCUUUUAUUUUAAAAAGAAUAAGAAUGGUAUGAUAUGUGUUGUUA